AUGGUGCGCGUGUUGGCGGCAGCGCUGAUGGCGGUCGCCUUCUUCCAGGCGGGCGCGAUGUCCGCGGACCAGGACUCGGAGGCCGACCGCCCCAAGGGCGCCCGCAGGCGCGCCCGCGAACGCUCGCUCGCGGCGGAGAUGGAGGCCGCGAUUGCCAAGACCGGCUGCGCCGACCUCGGUGGCGACAGAUGGUUCUCGGACGCGCACGGCGAGCUGUUUCAAGUGAAGCAGGACAAGUGUUCGAUCGCGUUCCAGCUGAAGAAGAGGAGCGGCGAGACGUACGAGAAGAAGGGGGUCGUGCGGGGCACCAAGGUGCUGGUGGAGCCGCCGUUCCCUGAGGGCCAGCUGCUGCCGAACCAGACCGUCGUGUUCGAAAGCGGUGCCCGCUGGGUGCGCAAGUGGUGA